AGCUUCGGGACAAUUGAUCAUACGGGUAAAAAGGUAAAGCGGUGCAGAAGAAUGAGUAAUCUUACCUCUCUCCUCUCUGUGAGUUAGAGGGACAGCAGCACACUCGUUCAACUUGUCAACAUUAACAGCAGCAGCGGAUGAUUCCACGCACCUAGCAUGUCCCAGCUCUGACCUCUGACCUAACUGUGAUUGAAAACUCCUGCCAUCAGUGACCUCCUCAUGUGCAUCAUCUUCUUCAAGUUUGACCCUCGGCCUGCAUCCAAAAAUGCCUACAGGCUUAUUCUGGCUGCUAACAGAGAUGAGCUGUACAAUAGGCCAUCCAAGACUGCAGACUUCUGGGGCACCAACAGUGAGAUCCUCAGUGGUUUGGACAUGGAAGAAGGGAAGGAAGGCGGGUCAUGGCUGGGAAUUAGCAAACGAGGAAAACUGGCGGCACUGACCAAUUACUUGGAGGGAAGGCCAAAUCCAGAUGCACAGGGGAGAGGUUCCUUGGUGUCCAACUUUUUGACGGAUAACUUGGACAGUUUUGCUUACCUCCGUAAAGUGUCUUCAGAUGGUCAUUUAUAUAAUGGCUUUAAUCUCCUGACUGCUGACUUCAGAGCCAAUGAAGACACAUUGUGUUACUAUGGAAACAAGGGCAAUUCAGAGCCCAUUCAUCUCAAAGCAGCAGGAAUCUAUGGGUUAAGUAACUCUCUUCUGGAAACUCCGUGGAGAAAACUGCAGCAUGGCAAGCGACUGUUCACCAGUGUAGUGAGCAAAACACUGCCCCCUGAUGGCUUAGUGCAAGAGCUGAUGCACAUCCUCAAUAAUGAGGAGCUAAACACCCCGGACCCUGCACAGGAGAGUCAAGGUGUGGGCUACAGUAAGGCCAUGCUCCGAGCCCUGUCUGCAGUGUGUGUACGCUCACCAGGAUACGGCACAAGGACCAAUACGAUAAUCCUCAUCGACAGAGAGGGAAACGUGAACUUUACAGAGCGUAACAUGCUAAAUUGCGACAUCAACCAGUGGAGCACAAAUAGCUUCCACUUCAAACUGCAGGAAUGAUGGCCUGGCCAAGGGAGGAAAAGACUCACGCUGUGCCUUUCUCAAACCAUCCUUUGCUCAAGCCAUGCAGCACCACUGUUUAUAUCAUUACCAAGCUCAAGACUUAACUUUGACUUUUCUGUUGAAAUAGGAAAGGUGUUAAUUAUUUGUACACUGGCUCUGUUCUGAGAGAAAGCUUGAGUGCACUUUUCAAGAUAAAGUUUCUUUUUCGUUUUCCUCAUAAAAGGUGUGAAUUUGAGUGCAUGUGAUUCUCUCAGCAUCUGUUCAUUAUUAUAGAAGCCAGAUAAGUAUGAAGUGUGAAAUAUUGUUAUUUAUCAUCCACUGAAUCCUGUUUUAUCAUAACACAACUUCCACUUAUCAACUCAUUGGCAUGAAAUGCUGUUGGACAGAAUAGUUGGGAGGACAAAAUGUUUACUGCCAAAGAAUCACUGUGGCUCACAAUCUUUUUUUUCAAAUAGUAGAAAAUAAAUCGUCUUCAUGUUGCACGGUGGUGCAGUAGUAAUCCACUGAAUAGCACAUCUUUCACUCAGGACACAUUUUGAAGAGCUACAGCCAAAAAUGAAGGAACGGUGUUUUCAGUCAUUUCUUUAAAACAUAUUAUUGUGAAAAUAAAUUUUUUCACAUUAAAUCAAACCAUUUUGAUUAAACUUUGAAACUGUUUCAAAGUUUGAAGUCUGUAUGGUUUGAUAUACCCUUUGCUGCUCUCACACUACAGAAAGUUAUCCUAAGAUGACCAUAAAUGCAUUUUAUGUCAACUUUAAGGAAACUGAUAUUAAUGUGUCAUUUGAUGUCAUCUCUUUGAGUGAUAACAAAGUGCCUGCGAUUUGAUAUUCAGCGUUUGGAUCUUCAUUCUCUUUGGCUCAUGUGUGCUUGUCUGAAUCUACUACACUUGCUACUUUUUAUGUCCUGUGUAUCUACUGUGCUGAUUUUGUUUGUCAUAGAUUAGAUGUUGGAGCGGAAAGCCCAGAACUAGUUUCAAAACUAGACUCUGUUUAAUUUUAGGCAUUUGUUUUGUUUUGUCUCUGCUGUUCACACAUACAUUUUUAGCCAGACUCAAAUAUCUUGUCUGAGCUGAUAAGGUACCUCAAAACAGUUAUGGGAGUCCGUCACCCAGCUCUGGUAUUUGGCGUAGUGAAGUGACCUAUGUCAUUUUCUCCUGUGUAUAGCAUGUCAUGAAUAAAACACUGACAAUGGCUCUAGUUACUAAACAAGUUACAACAUGCAUAGCACAAAAUGGCAAUUCAAUUAAUGGACCCUUUUCACAGGCUGUGAUGAUGCAAAUCCACCUUAGUAAACUAGGGUAAAUUAGCAAACCUUUGUACUUAUAUAUAUAUAUAUAUAUAUAUAUAUAAAUUAAUCUAAAUUUACCUUGGAAUUAAUUAAGAAAAAAAAUGGCACCACUGCUCUAUUGGGGAUUUAAAUACAGCUGCAGAGAGCGUGAUGGUAAAUUCGGCAUCUUUCUAUCUUGCGACUGCCAUAAUCCAUUGGAAAUGGAUCCAGUGGAAACGUAAUAGUGGAUUUUUUAUUUUGCUGUUGGAGCAAAUGCAAACACAAAAUGAUACAGUAUUUGCUGUGGUCUCCCAUUUACCUCUAUAGAAGACAGUGUAUCCAUCUGUAGUUUACUUCCGUGUCCCAAAUCCCAAAAUGUGAAAAGAGUCCAUUAUGGUGUGUAACAUAGUAACCCAUUUACUGGAGGGAUAUGACUGAUUGUGGUCUACUGCCAUCUAGGGAUAUGCUACAUAGGGAUACAAAGCUUUUCUAUAGCCCAAAUAGUUAAGCUAAUGCUAAAUUCAUUCAAUCCAACAAUAUGAGGAUUUGCAAUGUGUAAUAAUUGUCUUUAUUUGUUAUAGCUUAUUUAGUAAAUUGAAUUAUUUUAAGAAAAGGAAAAUGACCUCAUAUGACACAAAAAUCAUGACAAAACAUGAACAAAGUUAAUAGGAAGCCACUGAAAUUGUAUGUAGACCAUUAAUUCAUACUUUCACAACCCAAAAUAUGUAGAAAGACAAAGGACAUUUUUAUGUAUCAUACUGAAUACUGAGUCUACAGAAAUAACAAUAUUAGUUGCAGUGAACAAAAUGUGUUUCCUCAUUCCUGUGUCGCCUCAUAAUUUUUUGGUGGCAAUGUUAUUUUGCUUUAAGUGUUUCCUUCAUCCUAUACAUUUGCAGUGCAAUUCUGUACAUUUUUAAGAUUCAUUAAGUUCAUCCAUAAAUUAGAUGUUGGAU